AUGUAUUUGUAUAUAUAUGAUAUCUAUGUAUAUGUUGAAUCUCCAUUCGAGUCAUCAAGUAAAUUUAAUGAAGGAAAACUUGACACAACAUCUAAUAGUGUUACAAAAACAAAUAUUUUACUGCCAGAUCAAAAAAAAAUAUUGAAAUUUUUUGGGUACAAAAAAUCGCAUGCAAGUCAUUUGUUAACUGAGAAUGAACUGCACAUAGAUGCUAAUCAUCCAUGCCCGGAAAUAAUUAACCAUGACAUUUCAAUUAUCCAAAAUCUAAUCAAUCCAAAAGUAUUUGACAAAAUUAAAAAAAAGGUGUUUUUAAUUAACCAAAGUUGGACUUGUACCAUUUGUAACAUACCUCAGUAUAAAGAUAUGAUUGAAUGUGAAAUUUGCGAAACUUGGUAUCAUUGGAUUUGUAUUUCUACAUCCAAAAUGGUAUCUGACUGUCAUUGGAUUUGCUCGAAAUGUGAUUCCAUAAAACUUUCAAAAUAAGAGCUCUAACAACACAAUACCAUUAAGUUAAGUUAUAUACUAAUUAAUAAACUAAAAAAAAAAUUAAUUCUACUUAUAAUACUACCAAAAGCAUGUGUUAUUCUGUGUUUAAUUACAAAAGUAUUUUCUUACAUUCAUAUCAUUAAUUUGGUGGUGAAAUUUUAUUAGGCCAUUUCAUUACAGAUUAAUUUAUUUAAAAAAAAAAUUAUAUUUUAACUGGCACCAGUAAAGUUAUAGUCGAUUUUCAAAUUUUAGGAUCCAAUUUUCAGAUAGAUAAAAUGUCAUUUGGCAAUUUUGAUUGCAAAUAAUUUAAUAAACAAUUUUUUAUUGUUCUCGAUAAUAACAUCUUAUUUUGAAUUUGUACUUAUUUGCAAUUGUAUUUAUUUGCACAGUUAAACUUCAUUUUUAGUUCAUGUCAUGAUAUUGAUAUUGGCAUGAAUGUUUAUACCUUUCUGAUAUUAGCAUAUACAUUGGCAAAAUAAUAUAUUGCUAUUUGUGAUACUGGUAUAAAUUGCCCUAAUUGUGCUGUUUGUGUCAUGGUGUUAAAUUGUUUUUGACACAACACACUUAUAACUUAAUGACAUUGGCAAUUUGAAAUUAAGAAGCCAUGAAUAGUGAAUUUGGUAUGAGUCGUUAGGGUUAUCUGAUAUGUUUAUAUAUUUUUUGCUUUUAUUGUUUAUCACCAUCCACGUUGAUCAUACCAGACCAUACCACCACAACAUACACCUUGAAUAUAUAUAUAUAUAUAUAUAUAUAUAUAUAUAUAUAUAUAUAUAUAUAUAUAUAUAUAUA